GGGGAGUUGAGGUGUGUCGCGCCGUGCGCAUGCGCCGUGGCAGCUGAUCGGCGGUGAUGGUGACGGCGAUGUCGGCGCGGGGCGGCGUUGUGUGGCUGCUGCUGCUGCUCUGCCUGUUCGCCUCACCGCCGGCCCCCGGCGUUGCAGGCUCGGAGGCGACCGGCACUGCGGAGCCGCCGGGCGGAGCGGGCCCCGGGGAGCGGUUUAAGAUCGAGGGCCGGGCCGUGGUGCCUGGGGUGAAGCCCCAGGACUGGAUCGCGGGGGCUCGGGUGCUCGUGGACGGGGAAGAACACGUCGGUUUCCUGAAGACAGAUGGAAGCUUUGUGGUUCAUGAUGUACCUUCGGGAUCUUAUGUGGUAGAAGUUAUAUCUCCUGCUCAUAAAUUUGAGCCUGUUAGAGUCGACAUAACCUCAAAAGGCAAAAUGAGAGCAAGAUAUGUGAAUUACAUCAAAACCUCAGAAGUUGUCAGGCUGCCAUACCCGCUCCAGAUGAAAUCUUCUGGACCUCCUUCGUACUUCAUCAAGAGAGAAUCUUGGGGAUGGACAGAUUUCCUCAUGAACCCCAUGGUUGUGAUGAUGGUACUUCCAUUACUGAUAUUUGUGCUUUUGCCUAAAGUCGUCAACACCAGUGAUCCUGAUAUGAGACGGGAAAUGGAGCAGUCAAUGAACAUGUUGAAUUCGAACCACGAGCUGCCAGAUGUCUCUGAAUUCAUGACAAGACUGUUUUCUUCAAAAUCUUCCAGCAAGUCUGGUAGUAGUAGCAGUAAAGCAGGGAAAAGUAGUUCUGGAAAAAGGAGGUAGUUAUGUCCUCCUCCAGGCCUGAGUUUGCACAACUGUUUGUUAUGUGGUAUCAUGUUUAUUUGUCUUGAAAUAUCAAAAAGCCACUACUGCAACCUUUUAUUUGGCACAAAACACGGUAUGCUACAACUGUGGUGUGUAGCUUUUUUUUUUUUUUUUUUUUUUAAGUCUGUAUAAGCUGCUUUGUACUUGACAGUAAGCAGAAGAGGACGUGGCUUCUGUACAGUAUCUGUAUAAAAGUUAUGGAAUUAACUAAUGCUCUGUAGAGAAUGUUAUAAAUUAUAUGAUGUGCUAAACGGUAAUGAGUGUCUGUUGUGGAAUAAAUGAGGGGUUACACUCAA